AUGUGUCUUGAAAUUCUCGCCGGGCUGGAUCUCGCGCUCAAGACCGCAAGCCAAACUGCACAAACGGUCGUCGCUUGUACGUCACUUGCCGCUGAACUCGUACGGAACAGUUUUCGUGAGGCUGUCGCGGCGGGGCUAUUUGGUAAUCCUACAACGUCCACCAAAUCCAUCUUCCGGCAAGUAACGGCACAGUCACCUGGUUCUGCGACGCCGAGCAUCGAUCGCAUGGCAUCUGCGACUCUCGCUCUCGACGCUGCCAUCGCUGCUGCAGAGAAUGGGUAUAGCAACCGUCAGUUUUGGAUAGAAGGCACAAGCUUUGCAAAUACCAAGUCCCUUUUAGAGCGCAUGGGCCGCUACCUCAAGGAAACGCGAGAUAUCGUCGGCAAACUUCACAAGACUUUGUGUGCCUCCACAACCGACCAGUGGUGGCAAGGGUCGGUGGAAGGCAACUUGUCUGCGGCGACUGCUGUGGAUCGGUUAGCCACAGCGACCGAGAUCGUGGCCGGUUGUGUUGCCAUAGCGAGCCGCACCAUGACCGACGCAGAGACCGCCUCAAAAUACGCAAUGCGCGGCAUUCGUGAUCAGUUGAUUGUUCUAGACCUUCGCGUGCCGGGUGGUCUCCCUGCCCUGAAGGACACAGCGCCAAUGGCGUACACCACUGCUAUUUCGUUACCUUUGAAGAAGUCGCAAGAGGCCAAGAAUCAUACCGCUGCGAUGUUGCACUUGGCAGCCAACGAGGCACUUAGGCUGGACACAACUAGUGCUCACAGUUCUAGCAAUCUUUAA